GCAAGCUCUUUGGAGAGAAGAUCGGCCUAAAACAUUGGACCCGGACCGAUGUUCGGCGUGCAGUCAGCAGUUUGGUUUCCUUGCAGCUUGCUACUGUUCUUCCUCACUUGGAUGUCUCAAGCCUUUUUGGCGUUGAACGUGCUACUGGUGCUGCGUUGUAUUGUUGGGUUGCUCCGUGUGCUUACUACGUCGGUAUGGCCGGGCUCCGCCGGAAGUGUGGGUCCGUUCACUGCGGUGUUGCGCGCAAAUGGCUUGAGCAUGGUGCUUUACUUCUUCGGCCUCACUGUCGAGAUAGCAAGCGGUUGCGAUACAAGUGCAUGCGUCAAGUUGAUUUUGGUUUGUCCUUCUUCUUCCUUUGUCGUGUGGAUACGCGUGCUCGCAUUAGUGCCUUGGAGCAGUUGGAGAUUCGCGCUAGGAAACCCAAUGCCAAUGUGCCAUGUAAUGGCCACCGUAAGAGGCAAAGCUGCAGUUCUGGUGGUCCUCCGAGAAGACGGCCUCCGAAGCAUUGCCGCAAACAGCUGAGUGUGCAAGGGCCUUUUGCUCAUGUGAAGCUUCCUUCUGCAGCGUGCGCUCCUGCACCUUCGCACGCGUGGCCAAGUGAUUUUGCAUCCUUGUAUGUUUUCUUGUUGCGUUUGCGCUUGGUGAAGUAUGGUUUGUUUGGCCCGAUUGAUUUGUAUGCUCCUUGUCAUUCUCGCUUGUUGGCUACCUGGCGUGGUUCCAAACAUGCUGUUGUUGAUUGGAAAGUCAUGGAAAGCAAGUGGGGUACUCGUUGUGGUCCUGCUGCUUUGGUCCCUGCCAUUGGCUUGGUCCAAGGUAAGGGUAGAAAAGCGCAGGCUACAAGGCGUGUCAAUGACGCAUUGCGUUCAAGAGCAUUGCCCCCUGUGUCAGGCCUCUCGUGCAAAGUCCCUUCAGCUUGCUUGUUGCCAACUGUCAAGCAGUCUGUACGGUCUACAAUAGCAAAUUGCUCCUUGGGUUGGAACGACCAUGAGCGUGUUUGGGCCAUGUCGUGUGUCCGUUUCGUUGUCGCUUCCCCGUCAAAAUUUCGUGACCUGUUCAAUGCCCCUAAGGUGAGCAAAGAGCUGCAGAGCAAAAGGAUUGAUGCCGCUUUUUCGCUUGGUGUGCUUGAUGGCUUGCGUCGAGUUGAAAAAGUGUGGGAUGUGCCUGUUCGGCUGUCGUCGUCUGAUGCGUCCCGUGCUGUUGAAGGGUGCGUGGCGUCUUGUUGCAGCAAACUUGGCUUGUGUGUCUCGGAUGUUGCUGCGGCUACUUCGUGUGGCGUCCGUGUGCUCAUUUCCUGCCCCGUGUACAUUCAGGAAAGUCGUCGCCAGCUUGCUACGUUGGUGGAGUACGAGUCUUACACUGCGGACAUGCGUCCGUGCCCAGACCAGGCUGUUGUCCCAGAUGACAAAGCCAAGAAAUAUAUGUGGCUCCUUCCUGUGUGGCUGUAUCAACGCUUGCUCCUGGCAUUUUGCUUUGGUGGCUAA